UGUGUCCCAAACAAAAAGUUCCGAGAAGAAAGAAAGACAUGUCGAGGAUGAGAACUUCUUACCUGAAACCACCACUUCCAAAAUCUCCCCUCCGUCUCCGAUCACGCCAAGUCCUCCUCUCCACCAACUCCUCUUCAUCACUAUCCACUCUCCAAACACCUCCAGGUCUGUCCAAGUUCCGGAACAUGGCGGAUCAUCCGGAUCCGAAUAUCCCGAUUGAUUACUCGUCGAUCUCUACCGAGAUACACGCGUUAGCGAAGAUGGUGGAGAAAGAGUUCGCUCAAGAAGAAGUGAAAUCAAGAGCUUCGAGUCUGCAGAACAUGGCUGCGAACUCGGAGGUGGCUCCCGUGUUCGAAAGAGGGAGGUUAUACGAUGAGUAUUCAGCACGCAGGAACGAGAGGCUGAGGAGGAAGAAAGGAGGAGGAGAGGAUUCUGUUGUGAAAGGAACUCCUUACGGUCUUGGUGUUGAGCCUGUGACGACUAAGAGAAGAGGAACGGUUAAGAAGAAGGUUGAGACGACGGUGCCGAGGUAUUCUCUGAGGAGUAUGAAGAAGGAGAACAAGAAGCCUUCGAUUCCUAUGAAUGUUGAUGUGAGUGCGAUGAAGAGUGUUACUACUACUACAAGGAGGGUUAGGAGGAUCUGAUGUUGUUGGUGUGUGUGAGUGAGUGAUUCUUCUUUUGGUUUUGUUGUUGUGUGGAAUUGAAAUUUGAGGUUUUGAUUUCUGCAACUCUGUUUUGGAUAUUCGAAGUUCUUUCCUUUGUUUUCUCAAUUUAUUAAUACAUUAAGAUAAGCUUUUUAUCUAAUCAAAUGCAUUUUUUUGGGUUCCUUUUUUCUUCAGUAGCAUUGCUUCAGUGAUAUAUUUUUU